GUGCUUUGUCGGCGUUUGCAGCCGGUGUUUGGGCGCAUUAUUGACCCUGAGCAGACUGCCUUCCUGACUGAUCGUCGCGUUGCGGAUAAUGUGCUGCUGCUUCAGCUUACCCCGGGGCUGUUGAAUGCUGCGCACAAGUCUCCCGGCGUGGCUGCUUUUCUUGAUUUUUAGAAGGCCUAUGAGCGCUACGCCAAGCAUGUGUUCAUCAUCGAUGAAUAUAAGACCUCCAAGACCUGCUACAACUGCGGGUGUCAGGAGAUGGCCAUCAAGCGGCUUGGGGGGCUGAAGGAGGGGCAGCGGCCCUGGUCGGUCAAAGUCUGCAACGACUGCUUGACGACCUGGAACCGCGACGUCUCCGCCGCCAACGUGAUCCGUGUGCUCCUCCUGCUGAAGCUGAUGGGCUUCGAGCGGCCGACCAAGCUGCAGCGGCCGCCAUGGCCGCCGGCGGCGGCGGGGCCGGGCUGAGAGCCUGAACGGCGCUAGCAGGGCGUGGGGUUGAGGGUGCACGUGUCGAUUGGCGGCGAGCGACGUGACUAGUUUGUUAGCUGCGGGUUAGCACGGACUGUGCACCCCACCCAACCGGCAACGUCCGGAUUUGCGGGGAUGCCAAAGGCCCCCAACAUAGAGGCGUGUGCAAUUUGCGUGUGCUUAGUAGGCGCCCGCGUCAAGGUGGCUGGGUUGAUAACGACCCGGGAGGGGAGGGCUCAGCCCUUUUCCUGCCUCCCUAAGGCAGCCACCUCCUUGUUAGAAGGCGUAUGAUACUGUGGAUCGAUCGGCGGUCUUUUCUCCUGGACUGGGGCCGGCCUCCUGUCGUGGGUGUCCCGCCUCCUGACUGAUACACGUGGGGCUGCGUUGGUGAAUGUUCACGUGUCGGGUUGGGUCCCGUUGGCGGCGGGGGUACGGCAGGGCUAUUAUGGUCUGGGGUUUACAGACGGACGCGGCGUCAGGAGGAGUAGGAUGGGAGUCGGCCAUCCCGCAAUCGGUCAUUCUGGUAGUCGGAAGUACACCUGCAGGACGCUGCUUACCUCGCAGUUGCGCAAGCCCUGCUGUCGUGGCUGCGCAGUCGGGGACACGAUGUGCUCGCUCGCUGACCUUGCCUCAGUGCUGGCGUCUCAGUAUGCGGAUGAUUGUGCGCCGUUGCUCGCGGGCCUGCAGGCGGUGCCCGGCUUCCUGGCUGACAUGGAAGUGUUUCGGUGUGCGUCAGGCCAGCGGCUGAACAUGACUAAAGUUGA